AAAUCAUUACUUUGCAAUAAUGAAAUUUUUUUUUGAAACGUUGUUGCUAAUUUCAACACGAUUCGGUUUUUUCGAAGCAGCCGAAAAUACUCUAGUGGCAGUUAACUUGAUUUUCAGACAUGGAGAUCGUUGUCCUGAAAAGAGCAAUUUGUAUGAAUCAAGUAUUUAUUAUAAUGAAUCGUACUUUAGACCGUACGGUUUUGGACAACUCACCAAUGAAGGAAAACUACGAGUUUACAAUCUAGGUAAAGAAAUAAGGGAAAUUUAUACAGGAUUCUUGGAUGAAUCGUAUAACAUUGAUCUCAUAGAAGCAACUAGCAGCGAUUUUAACAGAACUAAGGCGUCUUUACAAUUAUUCUUAGCAGGAUUAUUUCCUCCCACUAAAGAAUUGAUAUGGUUGGAAGGAUUUAAUUGGCAACCGAUCGCAUAUACUUACCAGGAACGAAAUUUAGAUGAGGAACUUUUUGGUUUUGGAUGUGAAAAUUGGAAUUGGUAUUUGAAUGAAUAUCUCAACACGCAGGAAGGAUCAAAAAUUAUGAAAAAAUAUGAAGAUUUGUUGAAGUAUCUUACAGAAAACACGGGAGAAACUUACGAUGAAAUUUUGAAGGCCUAUUAUUUGUAUUUUGGAUUUGAAAUUUUGGAAGAUUUAGGUUAUGAUUUACCUCAUUGGUCGAAUGUCAUUUAUCCAAACGAACUUAAAAACCUCGUGAUGGACUACUACGAUAUGAUAACAGCAACUUCCAAUCUUCGACGGAUGACUGGAGGAUACCUUUUGAAACAUGUCUUGGACAACAUCCAAAACAAAAUUGAUGAGAAAAUACCAACAAAAAAGAUGUUUGUAUGGAGUGCGCACGAAAAUAACAUAGUAGCCAUUUUGAAAAUAAUGAAAUUGUGGAAUGGAAAUCAGACUAUAGAUUAUUGCAGUUACGUCGCACUGGAACUGCACAAAAUCAACAACGAAUAUACUAUUAAGAUUUUUUUCAAAAACGACGCCACCGGGCCGAAGAUAUUGGUAAUACCAGGUUGCGAUGCUCUAUGUCCUUUGACGUAUUUCAAAGAAAUCGUACAACCUGAUAUUCCUCGUAGUCUAUCUGUUUGUAGAGGAGAAAGAAGUGCAUCAAUUCGAAUCAUCCCUACAGUGACUAAUAUAAUAAUUAUUUAUCUAUUAUCAUUAUACUUUUAUUAGCAAAAAUGGAAUAAACGUUAAAUUUUCAAUUAAAA